AAUUAAUUUUUCAUCAUGAAAGAAAUAAAUUGGAAAACAAAAAUACAUAUCGAACAGGGUGAUUUAUGUGGGGAAAUUCUUUCAAGUAGUGAAGGAUUCGAUUAUUAUAGUUAUAAAGGGAUUCCAUACGCAAAACCACCUGUAUUAGAUUUACGAUUUCAAGCACCAGUGGAGCCAGAACCAUGGACUGGUAUUUUUAACGCAACUGAACAUGGUAAUAGAAGUGUGUCCAUAUCUUUGGCAACAUAUGACACAGUAGGAAGUGAAGAUUGUUUAUAUUUAAAUGUAUACACUAGAGAGUUACCAAAUCCUGAUACUAAAUUAAAAGCUGUUAUGUUUUGGAUUCAUGGAGGAGGAUUUUGGAGUGGAUCAGGUGACACAGAUUUCCAUUCACCAGAUUUUUUAUUAACAGAAGAUGUUGUAUUAGUCACAAUUAAUUAUCGCCUAGCUUUUGAGGGAUUUCUAACAGUCAACGAUCCAGAAAAAGCAAAAGUUUGCCAAAAUAUAGGAAUUAGAGAUAUGAUAAUGGCAUUAAAAUGGGUGAAAAAGAAUAUUGCUGCAUUCAAUGGUGAUCCAAAUAAUGUGACAAUUUUUGGUGAAAGUUAUGGUUCUCUGGCUGCUCAUGUCCUAAUUUGCUCACCAUUGGCUCGAGGACUUUUUCAUAAAGCUAUUUGCCAAAGUGGUACAUCCUUAAUAAGCUAUGAUGAAAGAGCUUACAUAAGAAAUAUGCCUCAGUUCAUUGCUGAAUUAUUGGGUGAGAAAUUUGAUAACGAAGAAGAAGCUGUGGAAUAUAUUAAAAGUGUACCUGCAGAAACAAUAAUUAAAACUGGGAAUGUUUUAAGUCAAUAUUGCAUUGGUAAAUAUGAAAGACUAUUUGGCCCAGUGAUUGAAAAGUCAAAUGAAUUUCAUGACGCUGUUUUACCUGAUGAUCCUGAAAUUUUACUUAAACGAGGCGAUUUUAAUAAAGUUCCACUAUUAAUUGGAACAAAUUCUCACGAUGGAAUGUUAUACACUACAAAACUAUACUUACAUAGGCUCAUUCCACCGAAUAUUUUAGAUUCACAGUCUCUUGUACCUAGAUUUCUUGAAUUGAAACAUGAUACGCAUGAAUCGAUUAAAGUGGGUAAUCGAAUAUUAAAAUUUUAUUAUGGUUUAGAAACGCCAUCAAUGCGAAAUGUAGAAAAAUAUAAUAAGUACCAUACCGAUAUUAAUUUUAAUUAUCAAACGAAAAAAGCAGUAAAAUAUCAUUUAAAACAUAAAGCUGGUCCUGUUUAUUUGUACAAAUUUUCUUUCGAUUCCCGUUGCAAUUUGUACAAAAAAAUUUUUGAUGUGAAUUCACCUGGUGCAGGUCAUGGAGACGAACUAACUUAUUUAUUUAGUACAAAAUAUCACGAAAAAUUACGAUUUGGAAUAAAUGAAAGAAAUACAAUGUUACGUCUUGUUACAUAUUGGACAAAUUUUGCUAAAUAUGGUAAUCCAAAUCCUAUUGAACCAGAUCCAUUAUUUAAAACAGAAUGGAAACCAGUACAAGAAAAUGUAUAUAAUCAUCAAAACAUUGGGAAAACAAUUCGACAUUAUAAUGAACAACCUGAUGAUAAAACUAUGCAAUUUUGGGAUCAAUUAUUUAAAGAAUACGGCCAUGAAUUUUAG